ACGAUGGACGACGAGCCGCAGAAGCUCAGCCUGAAGCGAGAAGUAGGGCUGGUGGGAGCCGUGUCCCUCAUUGGAGGGACGAUGAUUGGAUCUGGGAUCUUCAUGUCCCCGCAGACGGUGCUCUCCACCAUCGGCAGCCCUGGAGCCAGCCUGGUGGUGUGGGCGUGCUGUGGAGUGCUGGUGAUACUGGCGUCUUUCUGCUAUGCUGAGCUGGGCACCGUUAUACGUGAAUCGGGGGGAGAGUACAUCUACAUCCUCAGGACUUCAGGUCCAGUCGUCGCCUUCAUGCUAAUCUUCAGCUCGGUGUUGUUUGUGAGACCUGCCGGCAUUGCAGGCAUCUCGCUGAGUUUUGCUCAGUAUGUCGUGGCUCCUUUCUACGAAGGCUGCUCUCCUCCGGUGCUAGUGGUGAAGUGCGUGGCUGCAGCUGCUAUCUUGGUACUGGGCACCGUGAACUGCCUAAAUGUUCGCUUUUCAAUGUCAGUCCAAGUGUUUUUUAUGGUGGCUAAGGUUCUGGCCCUGGCAGUCAUCAUAAUAGGAGGCCUGGUGAUGCUGAUCAGAGGGCACACUGAAAGCUUUGAAGACUCCUUUGAGAACACUAAUGUGGGCAUCCAUCCAAUUGGCAUUGCUUUCUACCAGGGACUGUGGUCAUAUGAUGGCUGGAACAAUCUGAAUUAUGUGACUGAAGAGUUGAAACGUCCAGAGGUGAAUCUUCCCAGGGCGGUGAUAAUAGCCAUUUCUCUGGUAACUGGCUUGUAUCUGCUGGUGAACGUGAGUUAUCUGACGGUAAUGACGCCUGCAGAGCUCAUGUCCUCCAAUGCGGUUGCAGUUACCUGGGGGAAUAAGGUGUUGGGCAGCUGGGGAUGGAUCAUGUCUGUGGCUGCAGCCUUGUCUGCUUUUGGUUCAUUAAAUGGGACGUUCUUCAGUGGAGGCCGUGUAUGCUUUGUUGCUGCCAGGGAAGGACACAUGCCAGAUAUUCUGGCCAUGGCUCAUGUCCGCAGAUUGACUCCAUCUCCAGCGUUGAUCUUCACCACUGUGGUCUCUCUAGUGGUGCUCAUGGCUGGAGACUUUCAGAGUAUCAUCAACUACUUCAGUUUCACUGCCUGGUUUUUCUAUGGCAUCACCCUGUCUGGACUAAUCUAUCUCAAAAUCAAGAAACCAGACCUUCCCAGACCCUACAAGGUUCCCAUCAUCCUCCCUAUACUGGUCCUCCUUGCGGCAAUAUUCCUUGUGCUGGCACCCAUCAUCGACAAUCCUCAGAUUGAAUAUCUCUAUGUGACUAUAUUUAUAUUAAGUGGCGUUAUAAUUUACAUACCCUUCAUCCAUUACAAGCUCUGCCCAGGACUGUUGAACAAGUUAACAAUGUUCCUGCAGCUCUUCUUAGAAGUCGCCCCAGCAGAGAAAAACAUGUGA